GCUGUUCCCAGUGUCUCGCCCACCCCCGCCGGGCCCGUCCGACUCCGCGGGUGAGCGCGUGGUUCCCGGCUCCGCACCGCCGCCUGCCUCUCUGCAGACCACCCCGGACCCGACCCCUCGGCCACUUCCCCACGCUGCCCCUUUCGCUUCCCCCACCACGCGGGGCCUAGGACGAGGGUCUGGGCCAAGAGGAACUUCCCUGCAAGAAGUGCCGAGCUAAGGACGCUACUAAGGGGGCGGGAUCGCCACCGUGGAGGUGUGCAAGCAGGUGCCUGCGUCCCGGAGACAGCCAGACUCAACGGAGAAGCUGAGUUGAAGUCCCACAUCUCCACUAACCCUUGCAUGUUAGGGUCAGGGCUUCGGGACUUGUUUCUCCUAAAUCUUUUUUUUUUUUUUUUUUUUGAGACAGUCUCGCUCUGUCACCGAGGCUGGAGUGCUGUGGCGCGAUCUCGGCUCACUGCAAGCUCCACCUCCCGGGUUCACGCCAUUCUCCUGCCUCAGCCUCCCGAGCAGCUGAGACUACAGGCGCCCGCCACCACCUGCUGAUUUUUGUAUUUUUAGUAGAGGUGGGGUUUCACCGUGUUAGCCAGGAUGGUCUCCAUCUCCUGACCUCGUGGGUGUUCUCAACCCUUUGUCAAGUGAUGCAUUCAAAGGAUGUCUCAUAGCUCAGUUCCCUUCUUCUGGGAACUGUCUUUUGUUAUUUUAUUUUAUUGAUUUGUUUAUUUUGAGAUAGAGUCUUGCUCUUGUCACCCAGCCUGGAGUGCGGUGGCACAAUCUCUGCUCACUCUACGACCUCUGCCUGCUGGGUUCAAGCAACUCUUCUGAAACUCCGUCUCAAAACAGACAAACAAACAAACAAACAGCAAAAACAAGGCAGAUGAGAACUGUUAUGUAAAAGCCAAGGGCUCUGGUCUGUGAGCAUCCCGUUUCCUGUCUUUGCAUCCUGCAGAUUAAAAAGGCCCUUCUGCUUCUCGUAAAUCCCAAAGUCACAUCACUCAACACAGUUGUCAGGUUGCGACUGGUUGAAAUGCGGACAGGAUUUAAGACUUUGAAAAUAGACAGAGAUGGACACAUCAGAAAGAACAGAAAGACCCGGGGACAUCCUGCAUCUCUGCAGAUUGAAGCUCAGUGAGACAUCAGGGAGGUCGCUGCUUGUCGCCGCCGCUGGAUGGAGCCUUGCCGGAUCUCCCGGGCUCUGCAGCCCCUCUGCAGUCCCUGAUGCUCGGCUCCUCGCGGGGGCGCCCCACUCCGGCUUCUGUGAUGUCAGCGCCGGAACCUGGAAUCCCGGCUCCGCGAGGGAAGGCCGGGGAGGCGGCGGCGGCUGGAGAGGGUCCUCGGCAGCCUCUGAAGAGCGCGGGGCGCGGCCAUGAGCGAGUCCAGCGGCAGUGCGCUCCAGCCCGGCAGGCCCAGCCGGCAGCCGGCGGUCCAUCCAGAGAACCUCUCUCUAGACUCCAGUUGCUUCUCUUCUCCACCUGUGAACUUCCUCCAAGAAUUGCCAAGCUACCUGUCCAUUGCACGUAGGAGAAUGACUGUCCAUUCCCGGGACAAGCAAAGCGGAACUUUGCUAAAGCCAACCGACUCUUACAGCUCCCAGCUGGAGGACAGAAUCGCUGAAAACCUCAGCAGCCAAUCUCUUCGAAAUUAUGCACUGAACAUCUCUGAGAAGCGGAGACUAAGGGACAUUCAGGAGACACAAAUGAAGUAUCUCUCCGAAUGGGACCAGUGGAAGCGGUAUAGCAGCAAGUCUUGGAAGAGGUUCCUAGAGAAGGCUCGAGAGAUGACGACCCACCUGGAGCUGUGGCGGGAGGACAUCCGCAGCAUAGAAGGGAAAUUUGGCACUGGGAUUCAAUCCUAUUUCUCCUUCUUGAGAUUCCUGGUGUUGCUGAAUUUGGUGAUAUUUCUGAUCGUCUUUACGCUGGUUUUGCUCCCAGUCUUACUCACAAAAUACAAGAUCACCAACAGCAGCUUCGUGCUCAUUCCUUUCAAAGACAUGGAUAUACAAUGUACAGUCUAUCCAGUAAGCAGUUCUGGACUCAUUUACUUUUACAGUUAUAUCAUAGACUUGCUUUCUGGCACUGGUUUCCUGGAGGAAACUAGCCUCUUUUACGGACAUUACACCAUUGAUGGGGUGAAAUUUCAGAACUUCACCUAUGAUCUGCCCCUGGCGUAUUUGUUAAGCACAAUCGCCUACCUGGCCCUGAGCCUUCUUUGGAUAGUGAAAAGGUCGGUGGAAGGAUUCAAAAUCAACCUGAUUCGGAGUGAGGAGCACUUUCAGAGUUACUGCAACAAGAUAUUUGCCGGCUGGGACUUCUGCAUCACUAACCGCAGCAUGGCGGAUCUGAAGCACAGCAGCUUGCGGUAUGAGCUCCGAGCAGAUCUGGAGGAAGAAAGAAUGCGGCAGAAAAUAGCAGAAAGGACCGCAGAAGAAACAAUACGCAUUUACUCUUUGAGACUGUUUUUGAACUGUAUUGUUCUGGCUGUUUUAGGGGCAUGCUUUUAUGCAAUAUACGUAGCAACUGUCUUCUCGCAAGAGCACAUGAAAAAGGAAAUCGACAAGAUGGUUUUUGGAGAGAACCUCUUCAUAUUGUAUCUACCGUCUAUUGUGAUCACGCUGGCCAAUUUUAUCACCCCAAUGAUCUUUGCCAAGAUCAUCCGCUAUGAGGAUUAUUCUCCAGGCUUUGAGAUCCGUCUGACAAUCCUUAGGUGUGUCUUUAUGCGGCUGGCCACCAUAUGUGUCCUGGUGUUCACGCUGGGCUCCAAGAUCACAUCCUGUGAUGAUGACACAUGUGACCUUUGUGGCUACAACCAGAAACUCUACCCGUGCUGGGAGACCCAAGUUGGGCAGGAAAUGUACAAGCUGAUGAUCUUCGACUUCAUCAUCAUCUUGGCUGUGACACUCUUCGUGGAUUUUCCUAGAAAGCUCCUGGUGACCUACUGUUCCUCUUGCAAGCUGAUUCAGUGCUGGGGGCAGCAGGAGUUUGCCAUUCCUGAUAACGUCCUGGGGAUAGUUUACGGGCAAACCAUCUGCUGGAUCGGAGCCUUUUUCUCACCCCUUCUCCCUGCAAUUGCAACCCUGAAAUUCAUUAUCAUCUUCUAUGUGAAAGAGUGGAGUCUGCUUUACACCUGCAGACCCUCCCCCAGGCCGUUCAGAGCAUCCAAUUCUAAUUUCUUCUUCCUGUUGGUGUUGUUGAUCGGGCUGUGUUUGGCAAUAAUACCUCUGACAAUCAGCAUAUCACGCAUCCCUUCCUCGAAAGCCUGUGGGCCAUUCACCAACUUCAACACCACCUGGGAGGUCAUCCCCAAGACGGUGAGCACCUUCCCCAGCUCGCUGCGGUCCUUCAUCCAUGGUGUCACAUCUGAAGCCUUUGCAGUUCCUUUCUUCAUGAUUAUUUGCCUCAUCAUGUUUUACUUCAUUGCCUUAGCUGGAGCACACAAACAGGUGGUCAUCCAGCUCCGAGAGCAGCUAUCCCUGGAAAGUCGUGACAAGCGCUACCUAAUCCAGAAACUAACAGAAGCCCAAAGGGACAUGAGGAACUAACUAGACUGAGCGUGAAGAUGGUGCUGCCUGUUGCUUCUAAGCUGACCUAGUGAUUCUGCUGAGCCUACAGAGUCUACCUGGGUUUUGAGUGGACAUUUAAAAAUAUAUUUUUCUUGAGUUUAGGCUUUUCCAUAUGUGCAGCUGUGUUUACCUAACCCAGCCCUUAAUUAGGGCUUCAGUGACUUAGAAAAGCAGGGGAAACCCAAGCCUUUGCCUGCAGACCGGCCACUCUGUGACAACUCUACCAAAAACCAACAAGCCAUUCCAGCUUUUACAAGAAUGAAAGAGCGGAGACGGUAGUUUAGUAUUUGAGCCACGAGUUUAUGUGCACAAGUGUUUUGGGAUGUGGACUGAAGCUCAGCCUGUUAAUCAGACCAGCCCAUGAGUGUAUAACAAACAGAAUUGGAGGCUGGUUUCUUAAACACAUACGUCCACAUUUUUUAGGGUUGUUUUCCUGUGCUUACAAUUUUUAAUGCAUGUGCCUUUAUUUCACAAAACAUGUGGCUGGGCGCAGUGGCUCACGCCUGUUAUCCCAACACUUUGGGAGGCCGAGGCAGGCGGAUCACCUGAGUUGGGGAGUUCAAGACCAGCCUGACCAACGUGGAGAAACUCCGUCUCCACUAAAAUACAAAAUUAGCUGGGUGUGGUGGCACAUGCCUGUAAUAUCAGCUACUCAGGAGGCUGAGGCAGGAGAAUUGCUUGAACCCAGGAGGUGGAGUUUGCAGUGAGCUGAGAUCGCACCAUUGCACUCCAGCCUGGGCAAAAAGAGCAAAACUCUGCCUAAAAAAAAAAAUGUAGAAUAUCUCUUAAGAUUUCUGUUAUGGUAAAAACCAUAUGCAAUAAAUACCUCAUUGUAAGCUUACCCAAAAUUGAUAGAUGUCAACCUUUUAACAGAAGAACAGAAGUUUAAGUUAUUGUUUAAUGUAAUCAGUUUUCAUUUUAAUAUCUUUGAAAUCUUUUUCAAAGGACUGUAGUUUUGUAAUGGACUUUUCAAGCCUUCCUUCCAUUGUUUUUCUUCCGUUCACUGGCUCCACACGUUUCCUGGGGAGUAGCCUGGAAUUUAAAGUUGGGUGCAGGUUUUAGAAAGCUGUUGCUUUCUAAAACAAUAAUUAUUGUUAACAAUUAUUGUUAAUUAUUGUUAACAAUAAUUCUCCCGGCCAUCUCCACUCCACUACUCAAAAAUGCCUGAAUCCUUGCUCAGAGGAGCAAAGGUAUCUUCUCGUCCCUUUCUUACAGCCAUUUUCUUGCUUUUCCACAAAGAUAUUAUUUAAAGUGGAAUAUUUUUGUAACUGGGAUACCAAUGAGCUUUUCGGUCUUUUCCUGACUUGGUAAGGUUUAUGGGUUUCUAAAUCUAAUAACUACAGCCAUACCACCCUGAAAAUGCCUGAUCUCGUCUAAAUCUAAUAACUGGUGUCAUGGAAUUUUGAGUAACCAAAGAUUCAUUCCAGUCUCACUUAAAAAAAUAAAUUCUGCUGGGCACAGUGGCUCAUGCCUGCAAUCCCAAAACUUUGGGAGUCCAAGGCGGGCAGAUCACUUGAAGUCAGAAGUUUGAGACCAGCCUGGUCAACGUGGCAAGACCCCGUCUCUACUAAAAGUACAAAAAUUAGCCAGGCAUGGUGGCGUGUGCCUGUAAUCCCAGCUACUUGGGAGGCUGAGGCAUGAGAAUCACUUGAACCUGGGAGGUGAAGGCUGCAGUGAGCGAGACCGUGCCACUGUACUCCAGCCUAGGUGACAGAGGGAGACCCUAUCUCAAAAAAAAAGAUAGGUGAAAAGAAAAAAAAAGUUGUAAUUGUAAACAUUUCUGCCCAGUGCCUUUAUAUUUAUAUAACAUUUUCACUGUGACCAGACUUGAUGAUAUUCAAGUUUUCUAUUUGUGUGUGUGUGUGUGUGUGUGUGAUGAACACAACGAAAACGUACUGUGUUUUUUUUCCUAUUAUAAAAGUGAUACUGAAAUAUGCUAAUUAAUAUAUUAAUUUUAGUUAAAUGCUGCUAAUAUGCAUACCUCUUACUUGAAGGUUUUUAAUAUGUUUUGAUAACUUUAAUAACUUCAGUUGAUGUCUGUAUAAUUUUUAAAGUGCAGCUCUCUCUAACAAAUGUGCCUUACAACUCCUGAUUAAACGGCGUCUUGAAGGUUUUAAAA